AUGAAUGGAAAUUUUGUACUCCCAUAUUAUGAUAUUAAUUAUAUAGUUAAAAAUGUCACCGUUCUCUUUCAUGACCAAAUCAAUAAGAAGACAGUAUUUCAUUAUGUUAUAGUGUGUAAAGAUCAGCCAUCAAAUUAUUGUUAUUCAAGUGAACAAACAUUGAAGUUUUUUGCUAAUUCAACUUCAUAUGAAGUUUACAAUCGAAUAAGUUAUCAAGAUCUUGAUGUUUUAAAGAUUUAUUUUCAGAGUAAAACCUUUGAAAUCAUCGACAUUCAAAUAACAGUCAUUCCACUUGAAUUUAAUAACCUGAAAAUUAUCGACUUACAUAUGAAAAAUGAAUUAACACUUCAAAAUUAUAGCCUAUAUUUCAAUGGAUCAAUUGAGAUUCAGCCAUAUUUACCAAAAAUAUCAGCUCUAUUGAAGGUGUCAUCAAGUGGAGAAUAUUUUAUUGAUGAAAUUAGAACAUGUUCUAGCCCUUUUGAAUUCUACUUUAAAUUAAUAAACAAAAAUAUUGACAGUAAAUGGAGAAAGUUGGAUUUGAUUUAUAUUCAUUUUGUGAAUGAAUGUAGUAUAGAGGAUUCAAAAUUCUCUAUUGAAAUUAUAACACCUGGCUUUGUAUUACCCUACUCAACAUAUUCAAAUGGUGAAAUUAAACGGAACAUAUACAACGAACAAAAUGUGAAUAACUUGAUUGAGUUUAAACAAGGUGGAAAUUCUGAUGAGGCUGUUACUUCUAAGAUAGCCGUAUUGCAAAGUGAACACAAGUUAUCGAUUACAUUUGAUAUAAACAACAAGUUAACAGUGUUAUUAAAUAUACAAAAGUCUGAAAAUAAUUCAGGAGGACUAUCUUCUUACCAUAUGAUGAAUUUCUCAAUAUUCUCUGAUGCUGACAGAUUAGGGAAUUUCCUUCAAACCAUUGAAAUAUUGGAAUUUGAUAGACAAAAAUCUCGUAGAAUAUUGAAUUUCUUAGAAACCUGUCAAGUUAAGUACAAUGUGUCAAUUUAUUUAUUACACUUGAUCAAGCAAAAUAAUGUUUCCCUAAUGUUAUUUCAACUUAAUCUCACUUCAAGUCUACCACUUUUAACUGAAAAUAAAAUAGAUGAAAUCGAUGUAACCUAUGAAAAUGAAAGAAAAAGCUCCAGUCAUUUAAUAUUGUUUGACUGUUACAUUAAGAAGAUAAAAGCAAUUCAUCAUAAGUCCUAUUUCACUGUUUCUACCCAAAUGCCAUUCCUGAAAGCCGAAAUGUAUAUAAAUAAACUUCUCGGGUUUAAACAAAAUCAAAAUUGGCUAAUUGAAGUCACAAACGAUUACCAUCAGUUUCGUUUCUGUAUUCUUUUUAAUCAGGAUCAUAUUAUAAUGAUAAGCUACAACUUUAUAGAUUUCACCCUUGUAAUUAUCAUUGAAAAGAUUGUUCACUUAACAACGAACCUUUUGAAUUUCAUUUCAAAACUGUCACAGUAUACAAAUUCUUACAACCAUAAGCAGAUAAACAAUAAUCAGGUGGUUACCAAACAACCGAAUGUAAAUUCCGAUUGUUCUCUACAAAUUGUCAUAGAAACCUCGAAUCUAUUCAAUCUUACUUUCAAACUACAACUAUACAAGCAAGUAGGGAUUAUGCAAAUUCAGCGAAUAUUGUCAACAAAUCUUAAUUUAUCUUCCAAAUUGUCCUCGAUUUCAUCCACUCGUUGUGUAUUCAUACUUAAACAAAAUAUAUCACAAGAACAAUUAGUGUACAAUUUAAUUUAUCAAGGAUAUGUUGAAAACUUCCUGAACGAUAGCCACAUGCAGAUAAAUUUCUCUUCAGAAACAAAUAACCGAGUUGACAGAAACAUAACAACAACAACAACAACAACAAAUGUACAAAUAAACACAAACAUUGUGUUUCAUUCUGAAAUGAAUGCAAAACUUCUCUUCAUAUCUGAAUUACAUGGACCACUUACAGUGGAAUUUCAUGUUUUUGAGACAAAAGAAGAAAUUGGAAAGCCAGUCUUUUACACCUAUGCAAUCUACGACGCGUUUAAUCAAGAUAAAAAUAUGUAUUCGUUUAACAUGGGAACACGGAGAAGGUCAAUCAACUCGACUGUGUUCAAUAGUCACCAAAAAAGGCACAUUGACGUCUUACUUUAUCUAGAUUCGUUAUCUAGUGUCUGUGCAUUUUGCAUCCAGUAUUGGUCUGAAGAUCACAAGAGAUCUUUAAGUAUCAAAACACCAUAUCGACAACUACUUUAUGCAGUUGAAGACAAUCAGUCAAAUAAUGGAAAUAAUGUUUACGGUAACAAAACGCUUAAACUUAAGUCUAUUGAACUGUUGAAUAGCAAAGCACCAAAAGAUACUGAAACUGAAUUGACAAUUUAUGAAAAUCAUUUUCCGCCUUCCGAAUACGGUGCAGGAGAAAAGUUGGAGUAUGUUGGUUUUUAUCUGAAGUCAAACAUUUUAAAACAGGUAGUUAGUUUAUUGAGUGUUUUUUUCCCUCCUAGGUGUGUUGAUUGAGCAUUUAAUAAACAAUAUCUAAGAUACGAAUGAAAGCCUACAAUAAAUCGUGGUGUUAUUUAGGAAUUGUUGAAUUGUUUGCAGUAGGAUUUUAACUGGAAAAGUUUCUCCUAUCACUUGAACUCAUUUACAAGGACAGACUCUAAAUUAAAUCAGAGUUUAUAUUAUUCAAAUUACACUACUGAUUUAGUAUUAUUGCUUGAUUGAUUGUUGGGUUACUAGUACCCUCAGCAUUCUAGACAGCUAUUAUCUUCUGUAUAAAGAGGUGGUGACCUUGAUGCAGAAUAAUUUACAUCGUUUUACCUUUAGGAGGUUUUUAUCUUUUUAAUUAAUAGGAUUUAACUAAAUAGUUUUUUAAACAUAGCGCAUUCUUGAUUAACUGAAGUUUGCACCAAACAACCUUAACAUAGUUUGGCUAACAAAUGAAAUAGAGUGAAGAGUGAGCAUUUACAUUAAACUACGGUCUUACUGAGAACAUUUACUUCGAAACUCCUUUCUAGUAAGAAAACUAUUCCUAUAUACAAUCUACAUAUUUUGUGACUAAUUUUAAAGACAUUUCGAAAACAUGUUGAUUGCUUCAUGUCGUUCCAGUCAGUCAAAUAUAAAUUACGCAUAUCUGUUACCGUAAAUGGUUUUGUUUCAUAACUGAUCUAUUGCGUCUAUACCUGGACAUGUUUAACCGCAUAAACGUAAAGGUUAUCAAUGCAGGCGAAGUGGGAGAAAAAUGCAGAGAAAAGGUUUGUGCAUAUAGAAUGUUGUGUUAAUCAUAAGACUGAUAGAUAUGAGAAAGCAUAGGCAAUGUUGUCUACAAUCAGGUAGUGAGGCGCUUAAGAAAUAAUCAUUAAGUGAAUGUGGUAAUUAUGUCUUAUAGUUAUCAGGUGAACCACUUGAAACAAGCUGAACAGUUUAUUACCGUUGUAAGAAUAUUCAGUUUACAAAAGUGAAGUAGUGAAUGAAGCAAAUGUCUGAAAAGAAAGUAACAAAGUAAAUGACCAGGGGAAAUUGUCACAAAUAUCUAUCCUUAAACUCUUCAUUGAAGCGUACAGAGCAUUUGAUUCUGGGGUCAAAAAUGCUCCGUCACACUAUCAUUUAUUCUCCAUCGUAGAAGUUAUUAAAUAACCUCCAGAGAGAUACACUGAAGAGCAUACUGUAUCACUGUUAACUUCGAUUAAACCAUUCACAGUAUAAAUCACAUCUACCGGUGAGUCUGUGUUCAACCAGUUGACAAACUAUGUUCGUAUUGACACGGAACAAUUUUUACUGAUUUGGGUGUGAACAAAUAAAUAGUAGUAUUAUGCUCCACGAAACAAAAUUAAACUGCAGGCUUGUACACAGACAUUUGUAUUAUUAUCACUUCCGAAUCUUACUUACUUAAUAACUGGCCUGUAGCUACGCCUUGAACUUUAUUUACUUGCUCACAUUUCAUUGUAUCACCUAUACACAUAAACCAACCCAUGAUAUAGGUAAUGUGCACGUUAUAUUUUCCGUUCAUCAACUUUCAAUCGAGUAUUUACAUAGUGAAAAAAUUAGUGUUAGUGAUUUAGAAACGAACUGUUGACAAAAACUUUGGAAAUGAAGUGAUAAAACUUGGAUUCAACAUUAAAUACACUUUUGAAGCCUGAAUAUUGAGUUACAUUUUAUAUCUUUCUUCACUUCUGAAACACACACAUACAUGUAGCGUUUCUUCAGUUUUCUAAGUGAAAUAAACAGGGAUGAGGAGAAAGUUCAUCUGACGGUGACUAUAAAUCAUGAACAGCAAACGAAUAAGAAAAAUGCUGAUCACCAAUUAAUUUUCAUAUGGCCAUAUACUUGGAAGAGGAAGAACAUUUAUCCAUCGUUGUUUAUCAAAACUGUGGACAGUUUCGUCAACCUCACUGGAAAAUAUGUUCACCAACCGGGAAUACUAAAUGCAUGUGAGUGCUUGGUUGUGUAGACCCUCCAAUCAGUGCUUUCACUUAUUUCUUUUUAACUUGUAUCAAAAUAUCGACAAUUUUAAUAAUUUGCACAAAAUGAAAGUAAUAAUUUAUGUUUCAGCAGAUCAAAACAUUAAGAAUAUGGUUUACAUUGAAAUGAUUGUUGUUCAGACUACACUACCACUUUCACACUUGGUAAAAUGAAAACAAUUUUUCCUCUUGUAAUAGAACUUAUAUCAGUGUAUCAUCUGUUUUUAAAUCUCGACUGUGUUUAGAAAAGGCUGUGCUUUUUGAAAUGAUAACGCAAACAUUUCAGUUUAUUUGACUUUUGUACUCCAAUAGUUUUACAAAUAAGAGUUUCAUUGCAUUCAAAGUGACCAGUGAUGCUAUAAAAAUGGUAAAUGUGCACAUAGUUUGGCUUCUCUUGAGACAUUCAGCAACUAUCUAUUCAGCAGCAGCCUGUACUUAUACAACAGUUUUCUACACCUUAAAGAUGUGCGAAAAUAUUUGACUGUCCAACAGCUAAAUAGAGAACAUAAACUCAACAGUUUUUUUGAAAUUGAAGGUCCAAUUAAACUGUAUAUUACUAAAAUCCAAGCCAGGAUAGAGACCUUAUGCAUUCCUAGAGUAGACUGUGUAUUAAUUACUGAAUUUACAUUCUUGUUACAUUUUAGCCUUGCAGAUCGAAACAAAUGAUCAAGCUGCAUACUGGAAAUUAUAUUGGGAAAGAUGGUAUUUUAUCCGCAUAAUGGGUUUCAAUGCUUGUCAAUUUUGAUUACUUUCUGCUAUUUUUGAAUCAUCUUUUCAAAGAAAGGAGUCCCAAUUUGCAACGGUACCUCCAAUACCCUGACCAAUUUGAAAUUAUUUUUGUCACUGUACAAUAUUAAUUGACAAACUAAAAAUUAGUUAGC